AUGGAGGAGGGGGCCGGAGCCGCCCCGCCCGCCCCUCCCGGCCUCGACCUCGUCAUCGGCGACUGCAUGGAGCGCCUCGGGGUCAGGAUCGCCCGCCUCGAGUACGAGCUCCGCUACGCCUGGCGCGCCCUCGACCUCCUCUCCCAGGAGUACAUCAAGAUGUGGGAGCGCCUCGAGAAGCUGGAGCUCCUCCUCUGCGAGCAGCAGGGCGUCAUCGCGCAGCUCAUCCACUUCUACUCCGCCUCCGACGUGCAAGGGAUCGAGGCCGGCUCUUGCAUGGACCUCGUUCCAUCUAUCCCCGCCGAUUCGCUCAUAUCCGACCUCAAACUCAAGAUGAGCAUUGACAGCCUUCCAGACGAGGCCUUCUAUAGGAGCCUCAACACCGCCUAUAGGAACGACCUCGUCUCUCAUCCACCCGCUUCUGGUCCUUCACAACUGGGUAUGAUUUGGGAAGAACCAGAAGAGGAGAACGGACGUGCGGAAGUACAAUUGAGCAAAGUCGAUCAAGCGGCUAUCGAAAAAUUAAAAGAACUGGAUCGAUUGACGACAAAGCUUAAAAACGAUUCGAGAAAUCUCAAAGAGCUUCAAAAUAGACUUUUGUGCGAAUCACCUAAAUUAAAAAAUGACAGCAUACCUAAGAUUGGUGACGAGGUGCCUAGUGAUAUAGAUGAACAGAUUAGUAGAAUGUAUGAAGAGAGUGGAAUCGAUAAUUGGAGCUUUAGGGGAUCACCGAGGGAACAAGAAGAUUUAGAAUUAGGACUUGGUUCUAGGAACCAGUAUGAUAUAGAUACUACAGAUGAUGUCAAUUUGUCUAGCGGCCUAGCUUAUGAUAUAGAUCAUUCACCGAACCAUCACAGGCGGGUCGAUGAGUCCCUGUACAGUCCUAGGGCAGAGUCUCCCAAGUUCGACCUUGAGGCUGCCUAUUUCGUCGAUCUUUCGCCGGAGAAAGUGAGGUCUCUGCAGGAAGAUUACGAAGCACCUCCUGAGAACAGCAGUCCACCACCCCCGGCACCGCAGGACCGGGUCAAUGUCUUCCUUAUGCCCAACGAUGUCCAAGAAGUCACUCCGAGGACCUCACCCAAGUCUCCCAGAACGUCUCCUAAACAUAUUAAUAAGUGUUCGAAGAUCGUUUCUGCCAAAUCCGAUUCGGGUUUGUCUUCUAUGAGCGGUUGGAGCUCCCUGGAAAAGUCUCCUGGUUCUCCUAAAGCCGCCAAUAAAUCUUCCAACUCAGCCGAAACCCAUAGUAGACUGACGAAUCAACCUAGGUCCUACCCAUCUAUUAAUGUGCAACCUUCGCUUUACAACGACAAUGAAGGUUUUAGUGAUAAUGGUGAUUACAAUGGUGUUUUGCCGGGUGGCCAUAGGACUUCUUCUUUUACGACGGUCAGAACCCCUACUAGUACUAACCUCACCGAUGGCGCUGUCUUCGUCCCUCCACCAGCACCAGAACCCCAAACACCAAAGAGAAGACACCACCAUCACGAAGAUUACUAUUACCGAGAUCAACAGCCUGCAAUCUAUUCCGUCGCAGGGAAUCAUGGAGAAUCGUAUUUCACCUCAGUCUACACAGGGAGAUCUAACACUUUGACAAGUUACCCAGACCUCAUUGGUCAUUACGCAAGUCAAGAGUAUGCUCAAAACCAGCAGCGCCAAUUCGUUCCUCCCAGCCCCAGUCACAGCCACCGUUCUCUUCAGAGGGUGCAUUCCGCUGUCUCGGUGUCUUACAGCCAACCCGAAGGUAUUGCUAGCAUGGAAGGAUAUAGGGUGGCUAUGUACCGAACAAUGUUCCCUACAGGUAACAUAACUGACGCACUGACGUACUACCCUCCUGGUAAUCAAGAAGAUGACAUGAGUAGAGAAUCUAGUGCUAGUACUAUCAGGUCUGCCAUCGAAAGGAUACCUCCUAAGAAGCCACCGCGGAGCGAAGAAUGGGUGAGUAACGAAGAACCUAGGGUUGUUGAACAGAGAGAUUGUUACUACGACCCAAGCAGUGUAAUAGUCUCUCAAUCGGGUUACAUAUCCUUUUCGGCAGAUAUUAAAGAUGCCGUAGAGGACAAAAAAAAACACAAAAAGCAUGCCACUUUAAGACACGCUAUGAGUCAAGUCAGCAACUGGCUUCCCGAUUUACAUUUGCAUAAACGGCACAGAUCAUACUCGCUUCCUUCUGGAGUGCGCAAAGAAGAUUUAGUCAAAACGAAAGAAGGAUCUAAGACACCUAGAAAGAAAAAAAAACACCCUCUCGUAUCUACAAUGUCAGGAAUUCUACAAAAGGCCAAAAGAAAAGGCCAUCAUGGCCAUUCUCUUUCAGACCCAGAACAAUCUGAAACAGAAUGGGGUGGAAGAAGCUUAACUGAGGACAGCGAGGAUAGUGUAUUUUCUGAAGCUCAGGACAACAUAUAUUCAAUGAUUCCUACGUCAUCUCCACAAAAAAGUAACCCUGACAAUUCGCAACCAACCGUAUCAAAUAGUGUUUCAACUUACUCCGAACAGGUUCCUGAAGUUCCUUUCACUGAACCUAGUGUAACGGAAGAAGAAGCACCGCCAAUUGUUACGCUGCAGCAAUCUCCAGAGCCUCCACCCGCUGAAAACACGGAUUCAACGGCCUUGUUCCAGACCAUUGGUGAAGUAAAAAAGGCUUCUCAACCAAGGGAGGAGGAAACUAAGGAGGAUGUUCCGGUAACUGUUUCUGUUGGCCAAGCUUCACGGGAAUUUGCCGUAUCGCGCGCUUUAGGGAAAUACAGACGGCGACAGUCUUCGCAAGAAGCGGGGGACGAGGUACUUGCCAUUAUUACUCAGGAUGAAGAAGCUGAAGAAAUGAGAAGAAAUGAAAUAUUCGAAAGAAUCAGCUCCGAAGAGAGCCGACACGCGGAGGCUGCCCAGCAAGAUAAUAAUCGACAACCUCACUCUCGUCCCCCGACCCGACAUCAAACCAGCCUCGAGAUCCCUUGGGGUGGAAGAGUUUCAGCGGAUUUAGAUGAAGACAACAGGAGUACCCAUUCGUGCAGAAGUACGUCCAGAGUUUCGUCAAGGAGACAAAGUACGGAAGACAGUAUUGACAGUGAGGAUGAAUGGUACUGUUACGAACUAAGGAAACUAGAGGCUAUGGAGCAUCAACAGCAAAUCAACGAACUUCCGUUUGACGAGUCUCCACCGCGGGUAGCGACGCCUCCUCUCGAUGAAUCUGUAAGGAUAAAUAUGACAUCUUUGAUGAGAGAGCUACAAGAGAAAAUAAUGCCCAAAGCUGACAUUGAAGAAGAAAGAGAGAUGCAAAUGGAAAUGUACCAGCUUCAGCCUGAUAUAAUUAACGAACCAGAAUAUCGUCAUGAACCGCCAUUGGAGACUGUUCAUGAAUAUGAGGAGGACGAGAGAGAAGAGGAAGAACCUGAAGAUGGUUCAUCCGGUGAAACAUCUGGUCCUGACAGUCCCCACCCGAGCCUCGACGAGCUGGAAGCGGAAGAGCAGAUGAUGGAGGAGGAAGAGGAGAGGAGGCGAAUGGCUGAAAACGAAGAGGAUGAAAUGCUGGACAUGGAUGCAGGCGGCCCGGGCACCCCAUCCCUGCCGAGGUUCAAGUUCGAUCCUUGCCCUCGCGAUGAGCUGGGGGCCAAGGAGCAGGGUGGCCCUUUAGGCAGCAAGUGGAAGCUGUUGAAGGCUUUGAAGGAGAGGAAGGCUGAAGAGAAGGAAGUCGCUGCCAACAAGGAAGCUCAAGCUGCUCUUGUAGAAAAGACGAAUGGGAGUGGGCCAGGCGAUUCUGGAGGCCGGGCGAAUGGGUAA